CCUGGCCACCAUCGGCAGCGGAGCGGCUUAAAGAGACAACAGCAAAAUCAGAGCUACUGGAGGAUUACAGAGAUGAAAAAUAUUCACGCGAUCAAGGAUUUAUGACACGACCAUCUUCGGAUGACCUACAGUUAAAGAUCCAGAAACCCACACCAGCCUUCUACCUUUACCCUGCUGCAGUCGUCCAGGAUCACCUCAUCACUGGAGGUCCUAAACAUGGCGCCCGUUCCGUCCCUCACUGAAGGCUGACCAGAGGGACACCGCACUCCGGGAGAUGUUUCCGAGUGGCCUUGUGGACGCAGUAGCUGGCUCGCGGAGUGCACUUCAACAGCUAAUAAUACAUCUGUGCUAACAUCCCUGCACUGGCUACCCACCUCCCUGCUCCCAACAUGGAAAUCUAGCACCUAGGAUUUGGAAAUUUGUAAUAGUCUUCAAGGAAAUUAGUGGGAAGACACUUAACUCGUACAGGUGUCUUUUAAUUGAAAAUACUUUGACUUUCUCUAGCCCCUUUUACUACUUUUCUGGUGUAAUUGGAGUUUUUAUUGUUUGCAUGGCUGGAAAAUAAUCGUGGAGAGGCCAGGGUAUCACAAGCUUAUGGAUUUUGAUAAAAAAGGGGGCAAAGGAGAUACCGAGGAAAGCAAAAAGAUGUCAAAGACGGCAGGCAGCAGGACUGGACAUGGGGGGCGCAGUUCAGGGACCAACUCCGGAGUGCUCAUGGUCGGACCAAACUUCCGCGUUGGAAAGAAAAUCGGAUGUGGGAAUUUUGGGGAGCUCCGCCUCGGGAAAAAUCUGUACACUAACGAAUAUGUGGCCAUCAAGCUGGAACCUAUAAAGUCGAGGGCACCGCAGCUCCAUUUGGAAUAUAGAUUUUACAAACAGCUGGGAAACUCGGGGUUUCGAGUCUCUUAG